AUGCACAUAAGGUUAACCGCUUCGGAGCGGGCAAUCUACUUUACAGUACCGGUACUCGAGUACCAGUAUUUGUUUGACCCGCGCUCGGACAAUUGUCUGAGGUCUCGUGUAGUCGUUUUGUUUCGCGCAUGGGGAAAGGGGGGGGGUCGAGGACAACCGCAAAAACAAGAACCGAGGGUUACUCGGUGUCGGAUUUCACUUCUACUAGUUACCGGGUUAAACGACGUGGGCCACCUUCGACCUUUCUUUCCCAAAUCGCCGAAGAUUUACUGCUCCGCCGACUCCAAACAUCGUGGACUCGGCUGUUGCGGUCAGGGUCGAAAUACGAAAUUACGGAUUCGGUCCAAAAUCGCUGGGGAAGACGCUCGCAUGAUACCCUUUGUGAAUAAGUACCAUCUUGGAUUAUCACCCCACGAGCACCAAGUUUCUUUUAAAACCGGACCGAAGGAAUGGACAAGGCACGAAUCGCGGUACUAAUACGGCUCACACAGUUAUCAAUAUAAGAGCGGGUUAUUACAACUUCCAAUCCGUUUUCCGCGGCCGGUUCGCAUUCUGGUUACGAGGAUCCGGCCUUCCAAAUUAAUAUAUGAAUAUCGAGAUGGCCCAAGGGAACGAGCAGCGGGUAGAUGCAUCUCUGCUCCGACGGCCCUUUCUGAUUUGGUUUCAAAACUACUAAGAGACAUCCCGCUCUUUUCACGCGAUGCACAGCUCUCUUCCGCGCAUUGUAGCUGGUCCUUUUGCCAUUUCGUUGAAGGGACGAUGACAUAGGGCUCACGCGGGGGUCCUGUGGUGUUGCGACCGGGAAGGCGACAAGUACGAGUACCGUACGAGUACAGUAACAGUAAGCUGGCAGCAGGUCUCGAAAGGGCGAUUUGCGGCAAUGUUCCUGAUGAUCGGGGAGUUCCGAAAUUUCCUCCCUUGCCCGUCGAAAACCAGGAGAUGGACCCCUUGGGGGUGGGGGGACCUUAAGCAGAGCCUCCCACUCGCUUUUCCUUUCAGCGAACGAGCGGAUGACGAGCGAGCCAAGUACAAUGCGCAAGUACCGAGCUAGUCCCGAAGCGACGUGAGGGUAGCGAUGACCUCACGAUGAUGGUGAUGAUUAUGAUGGGAGCGCGCUCGAGCGCGCAGCCGCAUGAAAUUUAUCCCCGACUUUGAGCGCACGCCGCGGUAAGGAGAAGGGAAAGGGAGGAGGGAGAUGGUUUUAAAAUACCGGUAACUAAUACUUACUCGUAAGGUCCAUGAGAGAGAUUAGAAAGAGAGAAGAGGGAAAUGAGGAAAAAGAUGUACAAACCAACAAACUCACGGAGAAACAAAAGCAAACAUAUCAGAAAAGUAUCCGAUGAGAGCUAGUCUUCUCGAUCCAUAGCGACAGCAAAAAAAGGCAGAUCUCCCACC